GCUUCCCCUCGGAAGCGGAAGUGAUGUCUGUGAGGGAUUCUCGGUUGGGUGCUGGUUGUUUUGCUUUCUCUCCCCCGUGUCUCUUGGCCAGGGGGCGGUAGCGGAAGUCUCAGCCGCUUCGACGUCCCGGAACUCGCCGUGUUGUGGAUCUCGGAUCUCGCCUCAGAGUUUCCACCGGCCCGACGCCGCGUUUCGGGAGCUGCGCGGAGCGUUAUGAGGUUUGUGCGCCGCAGCUGACGCCGCCACCGCCGGGGUCCCCGCGGGAAGCGACACCCGGGCAGGGCGGCGGCUCUGCUUCCUAUAUGGGCCACUUUCUCUCGCGGAAGGGAAGCCGCCUGAACGCGGAGAGGAGUCGCCGCCGUCGCAGUCGCCCCCUCGGGGGGAAGGUGCAGCCGCCGAGGAGCCGGAGCUGCUUCCUGCGCGGGCCCUGCAUGCUCUGCUUCCUGGUCCACAGCAGCGCCAGCCCGCCCGCCGCCGAGGAGCCGCCUCAGCUGCCCUCCCAGCGGGACUCGCCGCUGCUCUACGCGGCUCUGAGGGCCCCCGAGGGGGAGCGCGCCGCCCGCCGCCUCCUGCGCCUGUCGCCCGUGGCCGCCGCCUGCGAAGAGCGCUGCCGCCGCUGCCGCCGGUGGCUGCUCUCCGGCCUGGUCUUCUCGCUCCCGGCGCGCCGGGGUUUCCUGGGGCCCGCGCUGCAGGGCGGGGAGGCCCCCCCGGAGAUGGUGUGCAAGCGCAAAGGGGUCGGGCUGCCCGCUUGCCCGCCCUGCAAGCAGCCCCGCUGCGGCCCCGGCACGGGGACCGGCGGGAGCUCGUCGCCGCCGCCCGAGGCCCGUCAGCAGAGCGCGCUGCCCGAGCAACACCUCUGCGCGCUGCCUUGCGCCUCGGCUUGUGCCCGGGAAGAAGUCUCGUCGAAAGAGCCCGCGGGACAAAACGCGGAUGGGAAGGGGCCGGCGCCGCCAGGCUCUCCGUCGUCGCAACAGCAGCAGCAUCAGCAGCUGCCACCGGAGCUCGGGGGUAGGGAGACGCAGGAGCCCCGCGAGCCGGACUGCGAGGAGCCCCCCGAGAACCCUGGAGACUGCCUGCGAGAGCCGCAGCCGCCUUCGCCGGACAUCAAUCAGCUGCCGCCGUCCAUCCUGCUCAAGAUAUUUUCCAACUUAUCCCUGAAUGAGCGGUGUCUUUCAGCAUCAUUAGUUUGUAAAUAUUGGCGUGACCUCUGUUUAGAUUUCCAGUUUUGGAAGCAACUGGAUCUCAGUAGUCGUCAGCAGGUCACCGAUGAGUUACUGGAAAAAAUUGCAUCAAGAAGUCAGAAUAUAACUGAAAUCAAUAUUUCAGAUUGUCGCAAUGUAUCUGAUACAGGAGUAUGUGUUUUAGCAUCUAAGUGUCCGGGACUUCUAAGGUAUACUGCCUACAGAUGUAAACAGCUGUCUGAUACAUCUCUAAUUGCAGUGGCCUCACAAUGCCCUCAACUGCAGAAAGUACAUGUGGGCAACCAAGAUAGACUUACUGAUGAAGGACUUAAGCAGCUGGGCUCAGAGUGCAGAGAACUGAAAGAUAUUCAUUUUGGACAGUGUUACAAGAUAUCAGAUGAAGGAAUGAUCAUUAUAGCUAAAGGAUGUCUAAAGUUACAAAGAAUAUAUAUGCAAGAAAACAAACUGGUGACAGAUCAAUCUGUUAAAGCAUUUGCUGAACACUGUCCUGAGCUGCAGUAUGUUGGAUUCAUGGGAUGUUCUGUUACAUCUAAAGGAGUCAUACACCUCACCAAUCUAAGAAACCUUUCCAGCUUGGAUCUACGUCAUAUCACAGAACUGGAUAAUGAAACAGUGAUGGAAAUAGUAAAGAGAUGCAGAAACCUUACUUCCCUCAAUCUCUGUCUGAACUGGAUUAUUAAUGACAGGUGUGUAGAGGUCAUUGCUAAAGAAGGACAGAACCUGAAAGAACUCUACUUGGUGUCCUGUAAGAUCACAGAUUAUGCACUGAUAGCCAUCGGGCGAUACAGCAUGACAAUAGAGACUGUAGAUGUGGGGUGGUGCAAAGAAAUCACAGAUCAGGGGGCCACUGAAAUUGCUCAAAGUAGUAAAUCGCUCAGAUACCUGGGACUAAUGAGAUGUGAUAAGGUAAAUGAAGUGACUGUGGAGCAACUAGUGCUGCAACAUCCACACAUCACCUUCAGUACUGUACUACAAGACUGCAAGAGAACCUUAGAACGAGCAUACCAGAUGGGAUGGACACCCAAUAUGUCUACUGCUUCUUAAUUCAUGAUAUAUUGUAUGGAUGAUUUCUGUAGUCAGCAGAUUUAGACUGAACAUUUGACAUUCAAGUUUUUUUAAUUAAUUUUGCUUUUUAUUAAGUAUAUGUUUUAGUGUAAAGCUGUGUGUGUGUGUGUGUGUGUGUGUGUGUGUGUGUGUUCACACACACACUCUCUCUUUCUCUCUGUUUGAUGUAGUAGGAAAUUUAUGUUCGUUCCAUUAAUGAAAAUGUUGGAAGAGAAAUAUAUUCUGAUAUAUUUAAUUUUAUGGAAUGUUUAAUUAUCAACGUAAACACCUGCAAGUGUAUGAAAUAUUGCAGAGGGCUUGCAACCCCUCUGAUGCAAUAUUAUUGUGUAAGUUUACAUAAAACUGAAACACUAUUUGGAUGUUUCCUCCAAUGUACAUGUUCAUGAUAGAAACAACUAUUUCGAGUUGCAUUGUAAGUUUUUGUAUGUAUAAAUCUAAUGUUAAAAGCCUUUGGCAAAUUUCUUGAAGUGGGUUCCUGUUAGUUCAGUGGAUAGUGUCAGCUGUAUAAUAUAUAUUGUGUUUUUUCUUUCAUUUUGGUUCACUCUACAUUAGCUGUUCAUAUUUCCUUCUAGACGGUAAGUGGCAACUCUUUUCUGAAUUCCACUUACAUUCGAGGCUGAUUUAAAGAUGAUCAUAAAAACUGAUGCUACCCACAUUUGUUGAGAUGCACAGUACCGAAAAACUUCAAAUAUCUGUGACUCAAAAAUAUAACUUCUUGAUAAUGACAAUUACUUUAUUUUGAAUGGGAUCGUUAAUAAACAAUGUGCACUUACAGAAUGGUAUUUUAAGCAGACACUCCUGGUAGUUUCUCAUAGUGCUGCCAAAGUGACAUUUUGCCUUGUAGUUGCUCUGUAUUUUGCGAAUUUCCAGAGGCCUCCUAUAGUAGGCAUUACUUUUUGAUGAUGCCCUAAUGAUGCAGCUGGAGUUAAUUUAUGAAGUUGAAUUUUCAACUAUUUCCAUUAAGCAAAUGAGUAAAAAUAGUGUCUGACAUCCUGACUAAAUUUUCUCCCCCCCCCCAAAAAAAGUCCUAUUGGAAUUAAAGGACAAGUUAGGCCUUUUAAUUUCAAUGGGACUUCCUCAAGUAAACUUACCCUGCAUUUGUAAAAGAUAAUGGCUUACAUCCUAACAUGUUGCUUUUGCAACUGCUGUGUUCCAGAGUAAAACAGCAUGGCUUCUCCGAGUUGGGGGGGGGAGUGUUUUUCAUUCCCCUUCCUUUUGAAGCGCUCCAUGCCAUCUGAAAAUAUGUCCCUGGGGGUUGUGUGGGACAUAUUUUGAGUGGCACAGAGCACUUCAGAUAAAAAGAGAUAUUGGCAAAAAUGCCCCCUACAAGUGACUGUGCUGCUUUACUCUGCAAUGCAGCUGCUGCAUGCAUGUUUCCUUUGCUGUGCAAGCUCUGCUUUAAGAUAUUGGCCAGUAUCUUGAAUCGAAGAUGGACCAUCUGCUUGAGAAUAGGAUAUUUUGAAUUCAAGACUUUGGCUCAUGUAUUAUGCAGCAUUAUGUGGAUGUUUCUGAUUGGCCUGCACUGCUGUAGAUGUCUAAGGAAGCAAUUGGAAACAGAAUAUAAGUAGCAUGCCUGAAGUGCAAGGAAGCAGCUUUACAUAUUUAAACUGCGCUCUUACACAAAACCGCUGGUGUUUUCUUAAAUGCCUACAGCAGCACAGGUUGAUUGGAAAUGCCAACAUAAAAAGAGCAUGUGGGCCACUAUCUCUUAUAUGUGAAAAAUACUUCUGCUCAUGCACAGGGUGAGUGUUACUUUGAUAUCUUCCAAUUUUUAUCCUCUUCCCAUCUGUACCCUGUAUCCCAUGCCACGUUGGAUUGUCCCUGAACCCUCAGGAGUUGUCGGGAGGCAUGCAACCCCUAGUGGGUAUGUGGAACAUCAUGCACAGGUUUUGGAUCCAAGCCAAUAUAAAUCAUCGUGUUUAUACUGCUCAUAAAACAUUGUUCAUUUACUCCAUACAAUCAUGUAUGUAUGUUUAUAACCGAGUUGAAAAUGCACAGUGUGAGUGGAAGUGUAUACACAAUGAGCCACCAGCCAUCUCCAUUAACUCAAAGUUGUGGCCUUCCUCAAGAUAGUUAGGUACAUGCAUAAAUAGUCAGAUAGGUGUACUGGUAAAACUUGACCUUUAAUAAAAGUAUCUUAUUAUUUAAUUUUCACUGACUGAUAUCCAAACUAACAUUGCACAUGGAAUAAAGUUUUGCAUGCAAUGGAGGAGGGGCAAUUUUCAUUGAUACCCCUUCCCUCUACAGCCCUUUGUGCCACCUGAAAAAAUGUGGCUGUAGAAGCCCUACUGUGAGCAUGUAGCAAUUCAGCAUGUGCAACAUUAGUCUGGAUGUCAGCCAGUUUCUAACAAAUCUUGAAUUAAAACAGAAAAUCUAAAAAGACCUUUAAGGUUUUGAUAGCUAAUCUAAUUAUAGAUUAGCUGGUUCUGAAACACAGCUAGUGCAGAGUGAAGCCCGCAAUAUUCCUUCUGUUGAGAAACUUCAACCACAUUGUCCCUUUGUAGGAUCAGCCUAUUAUUUUACAUAAGGAUAUUUCUAGGGAGGGAAAAUACUUCCCCAGUUCUUUGAAUUUUACUGCAGGAUUUUCAUAUUUGUAUGUCAGCUGAUUAAGGCUAUCUGAAUUUGCUGUAAUGUAACCAGUUUGUAAUCCAAAACAGAUGUAUAGAAUGAAUAUAUGCAGAAAAUAGCUAGAAAAUAUUAAUGAGAGGGUUAAUUUUGUAUUCGUCAAACCAUAUUGCAAAGGGUUAAACAUGAUUAUAGCUGACAAGCAGACACUGAAAAUACAGACAUGGCAGUAAGUAACCUUUAGAAUGUAACAAUUUGAUAAAGGGUGAUUUUUUAAGAUGUAUAACACUGUGUGUUUGUUUUUUAAAGGUUAAAGUGUUUUAAUCCAAAAUAUCAAAUGUUCAGGUUUGACCUGAAGAAUUGCCAUUAUUGUCAAAAUGUUUGGCUAAUCUAGAAGACUUUAGGCAGCAUAACUUGGAAAACGGCAUUAGUAUGUUUGUAUAAGCCACAUGUCCAGUGUCACAGCAUCAGUUCCUGACAACAACAGAAAGGGCUUGCUGUGUCAUUUCCAUGACAGUUCCUUGAAUGUUUUCUUAUUAGAUAUUUCAAAUUGAGCCUAAAAGCCUUUGCAAAAGAAAAACUGUACAGUAGAUCUUGCUUGGCAUGUCACAAAUACAUGUGAAUACAUAAUGCGGGGCUUUUUAUCCACUUGAAUUGUGGCAGUAUUUUCACAAUUAAAGAUAACGAAUGAGAAAAAAUCUUGGUUGUUUUUCACUUUUAGGAGUUUGUUAUUGUCCAUAAUUUGCAAAGUUAUAAAAGUCACUGAAGAACUUUUGGCUAUGUAAUCAGUUGUAGUAAAAAAGAGAAACAUAAUGGGAA